ACUUGGGGAUAUGACUUCAUUGUCUGCAAGUGUGCUGCCCAGAAAUUCACACACACAGUCCUUCACACAAGGUGCUCGAUUUUCUCUGGUUGUUUUGUGUUAAGUAGUGGAUUUUGAAAGAGAAAGAGAAAAAAGUCGCUGACCUACCAAAGUUAGUUGGAACUACACAAUUGAACUGAUUCUUUGAUCCGAGCUGCUUGUGCUCCUGAGCACCUCGGGUAUACUCCAGCCCGUUUGAAAAGCGGAGGACUGUGCAUUGUGUGAACGCGCUGUGGAACUGGACCGGCUUCCCUGGCAGAAAGAGGACCAGUUAUUAAUAAAAUAAACACCGCAGCGUCAACAGCUCCUGCGCCCGGUUUGCAGAGCAGUUCCGUGGAGACUUGUCCCCAAACCGUACGGAAGGAUGAGAGCGAACUGGAGACUGACGGGCAGAGAGGAGCUGCGCCUGGUCCUUUACUGCGCGCUGAUGUUCCUCAAGGUGGACGCGGGCAAACCCGAGCAGAGCAAGCAGUCCGACGCGUUUUGCGUGUUCCAGGAUAAGAAGUACCGCUUGGGAGAGAGAUGGCACCCUUACCUGGAGCCCUAUGGAUUCGUGUAUUGCAUAACCUGUCUCUGUUUGGAGAAUGGACACGUGGCCUGCAAUCGAGUGAAAUGCCCGAAUAUCCACUGCUCCAGCCCAGUGACAGUCCCACAGCAGUGCUGUCCUCACUGCGUGCCAGAAGAACAUCAUAUUCCAGCAGCUGCUAAAAUCGUUGGGAAAUCCUGUGAAUACAACGGCACCAGCUAUCAGCAUGGAGAGAUGUUCGUGGCUGAGGGGCUAUUUCUGUCUCGGCACCCAAACCAGUGUGCCCAGUGCAGCUGCUCGGAAGGAAAUGUAUACUGUGGCUUGAGGACAUGCCCAAAGCUGACCUGCCCAUUCCCAAUAACUGUUCCUGAUUCUUGUUGCCAAGUUUGCAGAGGAGAAGGAGACUCGUCAUGGGACACAUCAGAUGCAGAAAUAUUCCGGCCACCAUCCAACAGGGAAGCAAGACAUUCAUACCAGCGGACUCAACAUGAAUCUCGGGGAGGUUUUGGAAGCUCUGUUGCCAAUUUACCCAGAAUUUCCAACUCGAGGAUUCAUCAAGGCAUACUAACAGAUCCUCAGCAAGGAUCUGGUACUAUUGUGCAAAUAGUGAUUGAUAAUAAGCACAGACAUGGCAGAGUUUGUGUUUCAAAUGGGAAAACCUACUCACAUGGAGAAUCCUGGCAUCCAGUCUUGCGCCCAUUUGGACUAAUGGAAUGUGUGCUGUGUACUUGUAACAUAAGCAAACAGGAGUGUAAGAAGAUCCAUUGUCCAGAUCCCUACCCAUGUAAAUACCCACAGAAAAUCAAUGGAAAAUGUUGCAAAGUUUGUCCAGCACCACAGGUACCAGACUUUUCACAAGAUGACAGUAAGGAAGUAGGAUGCGGUGAAGAGACUGUUCUCGUUUAUGAAUCACACUUGAGCCAGGAAACAGAUUCUCAGAAAAACAGCAAGAAAAUUGCUAUAGAGAUUGACAGUCUUCCAGAUGUAGAAGUCCAUGUCUGGCCUCUAGUAAAAGGUGUUCUACACCAUUUUCACGUGGAAAAAAUAUCAAGAAGAGACUUUGAGAAACAGGUUAACCUUGGAUAUUUUAAACCACUCACACGGACUACUCAGAGUCGAUGGAAAAUUUUCAAACAGGGAGAAGCUCGAAUCAGCCAGCUUUGUAUGGACCAAGAAUGCAAAACAGAGUUGGAGGACUUGCUUAAGGUUUUACAGUUGAAGAAGCCAGAAAAGGAGCACUGCUGAAGUAGGGAGGCUGGUGAGGUUUGGGGGUGGGGGGGAAGAGGUGGUAAGUAGUUGGCCGUGGUGGGGUACCAUAAUGUUAGAAAGGAAAAUUCAGUUCAUAAAAAACUGGUCUGUAGCUGGACUGCAGUGGGACUCUGGCGAUAAUUGAGAGCAUCCCAGAACCAAAUUGUAUACAACAGAAAAAUGAAUAAAGAAAAAUCACCGUGUUAGCUUUCUUUGUUACAAGGAAGGGGAAAAGAAAAAUGUGCCUAUGAAGGCAAAAAAGAAUGGAGAGUGGUCCUAAUGUGUAUUUAUUUGUAUUAUAAAACACUAUUGAAAUUACUUACAUGAUCUUAACUCUUAGGAUGCGAUUAGUCUGUCAAUGUAUGAAUAAUAUUCAAGUCACACAUAAUGCAUACCUUGGUUUUAAGAAAAAUUUCCUUCUUUAUCAUAUAAACCUGCGGAAUGACAUUAUCCUUGAAGGUAUUUGUACUUUAUUUAUGUACUGACAGUUCAUUUUUCUAGAAACUAAUAAAGUUAGCCAGCUGUAUAACA